GCAAUGUCGCAAUGUACACUCCUAGUAGGUGUAUACGAAACAACAUCUGCCUUCUAAGUAAUGGCUGCUUUUAUUUAAUACAAUAUUAACAAAUCGUUUUGCUUCUUGUUAAACAGUAGAUCUGCAUGGAUGUGUGGGAAACCUUGAGUUCACCAAUCAAGCAGGUGCAAAGCACACAAACUCCGGAGAGAAAGAAGGAAGUCAAAGAACUACUUCUGACAAAAAACCCAGGACGAUUUGUAAUUUUACCAAUUGAGUACCCAGAUAUUUGGGAUAUGUACAAGAAAGCAGAGGCUUCCUUCUGGACUGCUGAAGAAGUGGACUUGUCUAAAGACAUUCCAGAUUGGAACAAGUUAAAACCUGAAGAAAGACACUUUAUAAAUCACGUGUUGGCCUUCUUUGCUGCUAGUGAUGGAAUAGUGAUGGAGAACUUGGUAGCACGAUUCUGUCAGGAGGUCCAGAUUACCGAAGCUCGUUGUUUCUACAGCUUUCAGAUUGCAGUGGAGAACAUACAUUCUGAAAUGUACAGUCUCUUGAUAGAUACUUAUGUGAAGGACCCUGAUGAACGGUACAGACUCUUCAAUGCUAUUGAAACCUUACCCUGUGUUAAGAAGAAGGCUGAUUGGGCCCUGAACUGGAUUGAUAACAAUGCUGCCCCAUUUCCUGAGCGACUUGUAGCCUUCGCUGCUGUAGAAGGGAUCUUCUUUUCGGGUUCCUUUGCCUCUAUCUUCUGGUUAAAGAAGAGGGGAAUGAUGCCUGGCUUGACUUUCAGUAACGAACUGAUAAGCAGAGAUGAGGGAUUGCAUGCAGAUUUUGCAUGUCUUCUCUUCAAAUAUAUCGUGAAUAAGCCGUCAGAGGAACGUGUGGUCCAGAUCAUCGGUGACGCCGUGAAGAUAGAGCAGGAGUUUCUGACGGAUGCCCUCCCAGUUGCCCUAAUUGGCAUGAAUUGUGAUCUUAUGAAACAGUAUAUAGAAUUUGUUGCUGACCGACUGUUGGUGGAGUUGGGAUUCAAUAAGAUCUACAAGGAAGAAAACCCCUUUGACUUUAUGGAGCAUAUUUCACUAGAAGGAAAAACAAACUUCUUCGAGAAGAAGGUAGGAGAAUAUCAAAGGUGUGGAGUUAUGGCCAAACGAGAAGAACAUACUUUUAGGUUAGAUGCAGACUUUUAACAAAUACUCAAAAUACAGUUUUUAAAUUUGAUGUUACUUUUAUCUAUUUUAUUCCAGUUUUAAUAUAAUAAGAAAAAAAAAUCACCACAUUGAAGGUGGUGUUUACAAGUCUGUGUUGUAACACUUGUAGCAUCAUAUACUGGUAAAUAUAACAUUUAGAAAAAAAAAAUAAAACAAAAAAAAAAAAACUAAUACAUUUGUAGUUUAUUACUAUUUUUCUCACCACACACUUAGUUGUAAGAGGAACGUUAUCACAAUUUCUAAACAUAAAUAUAUUAAAUCCUAAAGCUUUUAGGAGAAAAUGUGUAUAUCAAGCAUGAUCCUCUAUGUUAAUAAUGCAUAGUACACAUCUUGUAACAAGUUCAGUUGUGCGUGUUUUUAAAUUAACUGUAAACUUUUUAAAUUGUAGCUCUCCACUAUUAUAUCAAACUUUUGUGUAAGUAAACUGAAUGUUAAAUUUUUAUUUUUGAACUUGGUAUAAUGAUGUGGCAUGGGAGUUGUAAGUUAUAUAAGUUUGGUUGAUGUACUAACUGCUUAAGUUGUUUUGGGGGGAGGGUAUAUAUCAUUUCCACAAUAAACUAUCUUUUUUCCUUCUA